AUGGAUCUGUCUAUGAAGGUUUUUGUGGUCAUCUUCCUUGUUCUUCUGACGACAGAGGAGGGAUUAGUUCCGACAGCUUUGGCAAGGCAGUGCCGGUCACAGAGCCACAAGUAUAAGGGGCCGUGCGUGAGCGACUCUAACUGCGGAAAUGUUUGCUUCACCGAGGGUUUCACUGGUGGCAAGUGUGAUGGUUUUCGGCACCGCUGUUUCUGCACCAGGGACUGCUAA